ACAAUAAGGGAGGAAGAAUUUCAAGACGAAUAUUCACAAUGGCGUCUUCCAAGAAGAAAUGCAUGGGAGGAGAAAUGGAAAUAAACGAAAACAGUAACAGUGGCGUGGAUGAAGAAAUCAUGUAUUCAGAUGACGAAGAAGAGUUGGUUAAUCAGGAAGUUCAAGUUGAUUUUGAAGCCAAUAUGCCAUGUGACUCAGAUUUUCAUGGAAUACGCACCUUGCUACGACAGCUAUUUCUAAAAGCUGAUGUGGACACGUCUAAGCUAACAGAUGUCAUCAUUUCACAAAAUUACAUAGGUAGUGUAUUGAAGCAAUCUUCAUCACCAGAAGAUGAUGAUGAUGAUGACGAUGAUGGAGACCAGGUGUUUGGGAUAUUUACUGUACUCAAUCUCACACACAGAAAGGACGAGGAAUGUAUACAGCAGAUCCGGUUUCUCCUCACAGACAAAUGUCACCAGUCUCCCACAAGCCAGACGGACGACUUCCUGUCUGCACUUAACAGUCCCGACCAGCACGUCGGUCUACUCCUCAGUGAGAGAUUCAUCAACAUACCACCAGAGAUAGCUGUCCCUUCGUUCGAAUCAUUACAGAAAGAUCUGGAGAAAGCGAAAAGACAAAACUUGAAGUAUGAGUUUGCAAACCUGAUAAUGAUAGCGAAGACAUAUCGUCUGAAAAUGUCUGACAAGGGAGACGCUGAAGAUUUGAUGUUCAGUAACCCAGAGGAGGAACUCAUUCAUGAAUUGAGUGACAUGACUUGGAACUACUCGGUGUCUGCUGAGCGGGAUUCCGUGAUGACGGGGCGGUGGGAGGAUGAAGAGGAUGAGGCGGAACCCCUCAGAACUGUGAUGAUGUUCUCCGCGUCAAAACUCAACAAUAUCAUCGAGAAACUCAAGGCUGAACUCUCAAAAACAUGAAUUCAACAAAUAAAACAAUUCAUCAAA